UCCAAAUAUGGUAACAAACAAUAAGGGGGAAUUCGAAUUUUAUUAAAAGAAUAAAAAGAAAAAAAAGGAGAUAAUGAUUCUCUAAAAAGUUCUUUCCCUACCUUUUACGCAUUCAACUCAACAAUUUAUUAUAAUGUCUAAAGUUCGUCCAGUUGUCCCACCAAAGCCGGCAAGACUUUCUAUAGGUCCUAAAAAACGAGAUACAAUUUCCUCAGCUUAUUCAACUUAUUCAACUUAUUCAAUAACUGAGUCAAUAGUUGAGUCACCUCCGGCCACGCCAGUAUCACCUAAUGAGAAAACUGCAGACGAUAAAACUCCAAGAGCUUCUGAAAUUUUUACUCAACCAGUUGGUCGACAAGCUAGAGCUUUAUAUAACUUUGAGGGUGAAUCAUAUCAGGAAUUGUCUUUUAAAGCUGGUGAUGUUCUUAACGUUUUGAAAGAGCGCUUAUCUGAAGGGUGGUCGUUGGCUGAAAAAGAUGGUAUAACAGGACUUGUCCCUGAAGCUUAUAUAACAUAUACUACCGAGUUUGCGGAACUUCAUAAUUUAGCUCUUUCUCCCACAUUAUCUUGUGAAUCUGAUGAUUCCAUGGUUUCAUCAACUACAUCACCAAUAUCUAAUGGUCCCUCCCGUAGUAGUACUAUAUUAGGCAGAAGACAAUUGAAUCGAUUUAGUUGGUUUGUUACUACCGGCGUUGAAGAAUUUAUUUUAAGUGGCGGAGAACUAUUUGCAGAUAGUGAUUCGGCUAAUGAAUCGAAGGGAGAUAAUGAAGAAGGAGAUGAAAUAACAGAGUCUGAUAAACAUUACAUUCAGAGUGGACCAAGUUGGCAUGAGAAAGCAGUUCUUUUCAAGGUUAUAGUCCACAAUCCUGAGAAACGUGUUAAACUUGGAGGUGUAUCCGAGUACACAAUAUUCUAUGUGACAUCUUUGUUUCCGAAUGGUGUUCGGGUUACUGUUGAAAGAAGAUUCAGUCAAUUUGAAUGGUUAUAUAAUCGGUUGUCUGCUAAAUUUGGUGCAUUUGUUCUUCCACCUCUACCAGAAAAACAAUAUUCCGGACGCUUCAACGAGGAAUUCAUAGAAAAACGUCGUCGUGCACUGGAACGAUUUAUUAAUCGUUUAGCUCGUCAUCCAGUUAUUCGAUACUCAGAUUUAUUAACUCACUUUUUGAGUUGUGAGGACGAAUCAGAAUGGCGUAAACAAGAAAAACGGUUUGAGUCUGACAAGAUAGUUGGUCACGCGUUUUUCCAACAUGUUUAUCAUCCCGAAUUUAAUGUUGAUGACGGUGAGAUUGAGACGAUGGAACGGUUUGAAGCGCAUGCACGUGCAAUGGAAAAAUUAAUGCCCUGGAUAAAUGAAGCUUCACAAGCUCAUAAGGAUUCUCUUGAUGAAAUGCAACAUCAAUAUCGUAGAGUGAGUUUUGCUCUGUUGAGACUUAUCACAGGUCAUAAUUCUGGGGACGGAUUUGAAUCUACGAAUGAAGAUGGUGCAUGGUGUUGGAGGGAUGGAUGUUAUGCUUGUCUCAGUCUUACAAAAGCACUUCAGUCAACAGUCGAAAGCAUGCAAACGAUAGCAGAUUUGCAUGAUUCACAUGCAAAAGAAGCGGUAAUUCCAUGGAUUGAAAAUUUUAAAGAGCAUAAUUAUCCAUUUAGCAAUAAUGAGCCUUUAGUUGAUAUGCACACGGGCGCUUACAAGAAAUUCAAAGAAGUAUCCGAAGAAAAUGAGAGUUUACAGCAUUUGGGGGACGUAGAUAUUGAAACGAUUCGUUCUCGUUGUGAUACGGUAUUUAAUGUUACACUUGCAGAAGUAGACCGAAUUCACGAUGAGCGUGUUCAAGAUUUCAGGGAAAAUACGAAACAAUAUUUGGACGGGCAAAUCGAAGUUUAUGAAAAGAUACUUGAAGAGCUUCGCCAAGCUCGAUCUGUUUUUGAUGAACCUCAUUAUAGUUCCCUCUCACAAUCCUCUCGAACUCCUAGUAAAUAUGAGUCGAUGAUUGAGGAUCAAAGACCAAUAUUAUCACGACCAGUUUCUGUAAAUUCCGUUGGUUCAAUGUCUGGUAUGGUUGGAGGAGUUGUUGAUGGUGUGGGAAGUAUGGGAAAUUUCUUGAAAAAAACAGCCAGAACUUCUAUUGGAAGAACCUCAAUGUUUGAUAGUUGGUGGGGAAGAAACUGAACAUUUUAUUAGAAUUAAUAUUAGAAUUGAAAUUAUGAACAUUAGUAACAUUAGUAACA